AGUACCAUAGCAAGUUCAAAGAGAUUCAUACAAAUAAACAUUUGGAACCUCUCCCUUCUAAUUUUCUGCUUUCUUUGAGUUAUUCAAUUUCAAUUUUUCUUUCUCUACCACAUCGAAAGAUACGGAGAGGAAGGAGAAAUGGAAGAGCUAAAGAACUACGGGCAUCAACAUCCACUGUUGAUGUUAAAUGAAGAGCAGUUGCUUGGCAAUGGCAAUGGAGUUGUUGAUUGCUCAAGGUGUGGGGAGAAGGUGUCAGCUCCAUGUUUUAGCUGUGUGGAGUGCAGUGGGUUUUACCUCCACAAGACGUGUGCCCAGGCACCUUUGGAGCUUAAUCAUCCUUUUCAUCGCCACCAUCCUCUCCUGCUUCUGCAGACUCCACCUUACACUUCUUAUACAAGGUGCGUUUGCGAUUUCUGUGAUGAAACAUGUGAGAAAUUCAUUUACCAUUGCUCUUGUGGCUUGGACUUUCAUAUUAAAUGUGCUUUGUUUACAUUUAAUAUUGCGGAAAGAAAUUUGAAAGAGCUAGAGCAUGUGGCCCUUGAGGAUCCAUCGUUUUCCUCUAAAAACGAUGGUGGAAACCUGGGUAAGUGCUUUGCGUGUUGGGAACCAUUAGUAAUUCAUACAUACUUCUCUCUUGAUUGUGGGUUUAAUUUGCAUAAGAAAUGUGCUGAGCUUCCUCCCAAAAUGGGUCAUGUGUGCCAUCGCAAACAUCCUCUUCUUCUGCAAUUUAAUAGUGAACGGCUUUCUUGCAAGAUAUGCCAAGUAACCAAACGAAGAGGCUUUCUGUAUGGUUGCUCAACUUGUAAUUUGGCUAUUCACAUUGAUUGUUUAUCGCCAUUACCAGUUAUUGAAGAUAAAAGUCAUCAACACCCAUUCACCUUGAUUUGGAGACAAAUUCCAUUCAUUUGUGAUGCUUGUGGCACCGAAGGACAUCAUGUUGCCUAUGCAUGUUGUACAUGCAGUAUUAUGGUCCAUAAAAAAUGCAUUUCAUUGCCACGCAUUCUCCAACACUCUUUCCAUGUCCAUCGUGUUUUUCACACGUAUUUCAUUCACAAGGAAUAUUUUGAAAGUUUGAAUUGCAUUAUGUGCCAUGAAGUUGUCGAUACAGAGCACGGUAGUUACUUCUGUGCAGAUUGUAAUGUUAUAUUCCAUGUGGAUUGUGCAUUGAAAGAAAAGAAGUUGUAUUGCAUAGUAUCACAGGAAAAUGAAGCUGACAAGUCUCUUGAUAUACCUGUUAACUCCAUCAAUAAGGUUCUUGAGAGGAAUGAUGCUGGAGAAGCCACAGUAAUAGAACAUUGCAAGCAUAAGCACCACUUGAUAUUAAGUGACAAUAUCAGAGAGCAUGGUGAUAAAUGUUGUGAUGGGUGCUUGUUAUUGAUCUCCGCUAAGUUCUACCAUUGCUCGCGGUACCUUUCUAAUGGAUUUUCUUAUAAAUGUAAUGAAUGUGGAGAAGCCGACUGCCUUCGAUGUCUUGAUCUAUUUCUCCAAGAUGCUGUAAAAAUUCCAGGGCAUAAACACCCUCUUCUUUUCUAUUUUCAUUAUGAGGAGCAGUGUAGUGCUUGUGGGAGGGAUAUCAUUCGCGCAUUUCGUUGUAAGGAUUGCAAUCUUCACUUAUGCCAUUUGUGUGCUCUACGACCAACUAGAGUUAGACACAAAUGCGAUCAACAUAUUCUUGCACUCACUUAUGACAAGGUUAAUGAUUAUACAAAAUAUCAUUAUUGUGACAUUUGUGAGAAAGAAAGAGAUCCAAAGCACUGGUUUUACUAUUGUGAAACUUGUGACACUUCUGUUCACGUGGAUUGCGUUCUUGGAAAAUAUUCAUUCAUCAAACUCGGGAGCACCUACAAUGAGGGAAACCAUGAACACCCUCUCACAUUUGUCAAGAAGAUUCAUUACUAUCCUGAAUGUGUUAAAUGUGGUAAGCGCUGUGAAGAUCUUUCUGUUGAAUGUGCAGAACUAGGAUGUAACUAUAUUGCUCAUUGGAAAUGCAGAAAUCGGUGGUAGAUACUGAAAAUUGCGGCUUUAGUUUCAGAAUAAGACAAUGCGCGGUUGUUGUUAAUGGUUGCUACUUUUUAAUUGUGUGUUUAAACAAUGUAAUAUAUUUAGAUUUGAAUUGUAAAUAUAUGAGAAUAAAAUUGAUAUGAGUUGCUUA